CGGGGAGGGGGUGGUGUCUCGAUCUUUGGCCUCCGAAUUCCGAUUACAAUACGAGAUAAGCCGGUAUUCGGUAAUGACUGGCUGUUGAACUGCACUCCGCUGCAGUGUUUGCUACUCGUCGUUGCCUUUGCACGCAUUGUUGCGUACCUACCGCGAUUAUAUCAUUAUUUCGCGUCCAAACGGGCGAGUCGACCGUCGCGUAAAAACACUGUUACUUUCGUCGUCCGAUCGGAGUUUUCACCUUCGCGAAGAUGACUGCCGUCGUCCAACUGAUUUUCGGGUCGUUCCUGCUGAAUUCGGCCGCGGCUUUAUUGCCCUUGCCCAUCAGCGACUUCUACCCGUCGGACGAGACCACAAAACCCAGUAUACCAAAAUGGAGUUCAAGUCAUUCUGUAGAAGGUGACAUAUUUAUUCCAUUUGCUGAAGUGCAUGAACCAUUUAGUGCUUGGUAUGAUUCCGACUCUGGCAAUAGUCGUAUUGACUAUUAUCAAGGAAUGGCUAAAACAUAUCAAUUAUCCAAUAAAGGCUCUUUUGGCUCAUCUCUUAAAAUUGUUCCUGUUACUACCGAAACAGAAACAAAUACUCUAAAAUGUUUAGAAGUGAAUGGAACUGAUGAAAUGCAUAUUUCACCUCAGUCAACUCUUCCAGACCUAAGUGAUUUUAAGUUAGUCAGUGAACAUUUAGAAAAUGGUAUUGUUGUUGAAAAAUGGGUUUAUAUUAAAAGAGUAGAAAAAACAGUUGGCAAAUAUAUAAUGUGGUUAUAUAGACAAAAUGAUAUUGCUUAUCCAUUGCGAUAUCAAAUGAAUGGAUUUAAUUCAGUAUUUCUAUCACAUUUUGAUGACUAUGUCAUUGUUUACAAACAUUUUACACCAGUGAAGCCUGAUCCAAGUAUUUUCAACGUUGAAGAAUUAAAAUGUGAAUCUUUCCCUGGACCGGGUGUAAACCAUAUUUAUGAUUUUAAUCCUAUGAUGGAGUUCAUAAAUAACUAUGGAGAGUAUAUAGAUUCCACAUUUGAGGAUUUUAAACGACUCCAUAACAAAACGUAUACAAAUGAUACAGCUGAACAUUUUGACCGUAAAAAUAAUUUUCGUCACAACUUAAGAUAUAUUCGUUCAAAAAAUCGAGCUAAUCUUGGUUACACACUUGCUGUCAAUCAUUUGGCUGAUUAUUCCAACACAGAGCUUAAAGCAAUGUGUGGUUAUAGAAAAUUAAAUGAAGAAGAACAUAACGGUGGUGAACCUUUUCCUUACAAUAAAACUGAUUUUCAAAACUUACCAUCUGCAAUUGAUUGGAGGAUUGCUGGUGCUGUAACUGCUGUUAAAGAUCAAUCAAUUUGUGGUUCUUGCUGGAGUUUUGGUACUACUGGUACCAUUGAAGGAGCAUAUUUCAUGAAACAUGGUGAACGUAAAAGUUUUUCUGAACAGGCUUUGGUGGACUGCAGUUGGGGUUUUGGAAAUAAUGGAUGUGAUGGCGGAGAAGAUUUCCGUGCUUAUUCUUGGAUUGAAAAGCAUGGGUUACCUACUGAAGAAGAAUACGGUCCAUACCUUUCCCAGGAUGGUUACUGCCAUAUAGCUAAUAUAUCAAAUGGUGAUCUUACAAAAAUAUCAGGUUUUGUGAAUGUUACAGCAUAUGAUGAAGAAGCAUUAAAAAUUGCUUUAGUCAAUGAAGGUCCAAUUUCUAUAGCCAUUUAUGCUUCAUUAAAAACAUUUUCUUUCUAUUCAAAUGGUGUUUACUACGAUAAAGAAUGCCGUAAUAAUCCACUGGAGUUAAAUCAUGCCGUAUUAUUGGUGGGUUAUGGUACAUUGGAUGGACAUCCUUACUGGCUAGUAAAAAAUUCUUGGUCAACUCACUGGGGUAAUGCUGGUUACAUACUUAUUUCUCGUAAAGAUAACAAUUGCGGUGUUCUCACUAGUCCAACAUAUGUUAUUUUGUAGACUUAUAUUUAAGAUUUAAAAAGAUUUUGUCAUUUUUUUUUUUUUUUAUUAAAUACUCAUUAAGCACUUGAAAGUCUGAGAGUAAAAAAUAAUGAUUUUAGUCUUAAAACAUAUGUGGUAAUAAUUAAUUUUAAUCAUGAAUGGAAAUUAAAAUAUUGUACUUUUUGAUUUAUUUAUAAAUAAACGACUGUUAGUUUUAUA